AUGUCAGACCCGUUCGACGCAGCACUCGACCUCCUCCGCCGCCUCCCCCCCUCCUCCACAGCCACCAACCUCGCCGGCAUCAUCUCCCUCCAACCCUCCCUCGAAGAAGACCUCCUCUCCUCCGUCGACGUCUCCCUCACCGCCCGCCGCUGUCCCAAAUCCGGCCGCGACUACCUCUGCUGCGACUACAACCGCGACGGCGCAUCUUACCGCUCGCCUUGGAGCAAUGAAUUCGACCCGAAGCCGGAGGAUCCCGAGGAAGUGGGCGAGUUGAUUCCCAGCGGGAGGGUCAGGAGGAUGGAAGAGCAGUUGAAUAUGGGUGUGGAUGUAUAUCGGGAAUUGUAUUAUGAGGGCGGGGUUAGUAGUGCGUAUCUUUGGGCGUUGGAUGAGGGGUUCGCGGGGGUGGUGUUGUUUAAGAAAGAGACGACAGCGGGCAAGGAAGGCGGGUGGGACAGCAUUCACGUUCUGGAAGUCAGCGAAGCAGCCACGAAGCGUUCGGCGCACUAUAAACUCACGAGCACGGUCAUUUUGGAUCUGGGACUGCAGUCGAAGGAGGUGGAUAGUUUGGAGUUGGCGGGGAAUUUGACGCGGCAGACGCAGCAGGACUUGCCGCUUAAUGGACUGAGGGAUGCGGAAAUUGAGGGGUGUCAUGUGGUGAAUAUUGGGAGGAUGGUGGAGGAUAUGGAGACGAGGAUGAGGAAUUUGCUGCAGGAGGUGUAUUUUGGGAAGGCGAGGGAUGUGGUGGGGGAUUUGAGGAGUAUUCAGAUGUUGAGUGAGGUGGGGAAGGAUCGGGCGGCGCAUAAGGAGGUGAUUGGGAAGAUGAAUCGAUAA